AUGGGCAGUUACCUGGGCAAGUCGGGCCCCCCGCCGCUGUCCCCGGGAGAAGGGCGCACAGAUGUGCCCCGGAGGCCUGUCAUCCGCCGGCCGGUUCAGUCCCUUCACCAGGUCCACCGGGUUCAGUACGUCCACCGCGCCCACCCUGCCCCGCGGUUCAGGCCCUGGAGGAGGCAGCCGAGCUGGGGCCCCGCCAGGCCUACCGGGUGGGUGGUCAGUGAGGCCUGGAGGCGCUUUCCCGGGAGGAGGCCGCAGAAUCCCAUCGUAGGGCCUCUUCCCUCAGCCUUGUGGGAAAGUUACUGGAAUUUCAGAAUUUGGCCUCCUCGGCCCAGGGCAGCAUGGAGCCCCGUGACCAUCAAGAUCGCGCCACCUGAACCGAGAGGGGUCCCCUCCAAGUCCCCAGCACGGGUCAGCUCUGCAGAGUCCUCACCCUCUGAGAAGCCCUCAGACCCAUGUGCAAAGGAGACAGUGCUGAGGGCUCUCAGAGAGUGCAGGAAGGGGAGAGUGAGGCGGCAAGAACCACUGCUCCCUGAGUGGAAGAACAGCGAGGGGAGUCCAGACGCCAAGCCAUCUGCAUUUAAGCCUCUGACACAAAAUGAAGUCAGCACAUCCCUUGUGCCCAGGCCUGGGUCUCUGAAGAGAAGCCUGGACUCCGGCAGCUCAGACCACAGCUUGCAUAAAAGGCCCUGUUGCUCCUCCGUGAGCUCCUGGGCCAGCACAGAGAUAGGUGGCCUCUGCGGCUCCAAGAAAAAUGCCAUCAUCAGCUCUUACAGCUCUUCCAGAGAUCUCUCCAAGCAUUACAAGAGAAGUGUUCCCAGUGCAUCAUUCCAGAUGCCAGAGUGGCCAGUAAAAAAGAGAGUAAAUGGCCAUCAGUGUCACUCUCCAGUCCCACUGGUAUCUGAGAAGUCCCCAGCAGCAGCUGGCCAUGCUGGGCAGCAGAACCAGGAGACUCCACGGCUGCUCUCUAGCCCCAGGACCUUGCCAUCUCUGACCCCACUUCCCCAGCUUGGUUAUGCAGCCCCCAAAGAGGACCUGGGCUCGGAGAAAGCUGGACUCCAGAAAGGCAACAAACCCAGAAAGGAUGCAACAGAGGUCACCACAGCCUCUGUCCCCGACUCUCAGCCCCCUGUUCCACGCUGCUGGGUUCUCCUCCUGCCUCCUGCAGGCGCAGUUCCCACCCAGGACACAAACCCUCAGGUGGGGUCUCCAGGUCCGCUGGCCUUCCCACAGCCUGCUGGAGAGAACAGCAGGAUGGCCCGUCCACCUCCGAAGACACCCAGCCUGCUGGCCCCACUCAGGUGCUCAUGGUCAGAGCCUCUCCCAGGCCCCUGUUUAGACGCAAAGCCCACGGCCGCUGUCACCCUUCUGACCUCUGCUUCUCCCACAUCACCAGCCACUGACACCACACAGCCACCUGCGACCUCUCAGGCUGACAGGUCAGCCAGGCCCCCAGACCCACCUGCCAUCACCCCUGCAGCGCCCUCCAUACAAAGGGCUUUGUUUGGGAAGAGGAGGGAACCGGCUGCCCAUCAUCCUGCGUCUGCAUCUCCUGCUACACCUUCUGCUGACCCCACGGUGAAAUGCGUUUGGGGAUCCCCACCCAACGGAGAGGCUGGAGUCGCCUCGCAUUCCAGGGUCUCAGCCACAGCUGUGGCAUCUCCACCUCCGGGCAUCGUGAUUCCCACCUUCAAGCCCAUCUUUGGCGACACAGGACCACUUACAACUCUGCCCGUGAGAGCUCCUUUGUCUUUCAGGCCGGUUUUUCCUCCAGUUCCUCCUGCCGCUGCCCUCCUCCCCCAUGGCCUGCUCAAGGCUACCUCUGCAGUCAUGUCCACCGCCCCAGCCAGCACAUCCAAAGACUCUUCUUUCAAGCCCCCUGUGGGCUGUAAUGCAGUGGCUGUCACCAGUGCCAUGGGCAACACUCCCUCUCUCCCUUCCGCUGGGCACGCCUCCCUUCUUGGGGCUGCCCAGGCCGGCGCGGCCAGCUUCUCCCCAGCAGCAGGCUUCACAGUCCCAUCUCACCAAUGUCCUACCACUCCUACAGCAUACAGAGUUCCCUCCUUUAGCCAGGCUCUUCCCAGUGCUGUCCAGGUCUCUCCUAGUAGAAACACUGCCAAUCUGAGGGGUAUGGGCAGCCCUCUGCAAGCCUCAGCCCUUGUAACCGCAAAUCAGCUUGCAUUGUCAUCUGGCGUCUCCAAUCCAACCUCAACAUUCACAGUUCCCUGGGGGUCAAGCUCAAAGCCACCUUCCCCACUACCCCUGGGAGUCACCCCCCUGCCUGCAUUUGGGGCAUCAGGUGACCAAAAGCAAAGAGCCCCCCAAGCAGCCCUUGGCCCAAGCUUCAAUAGCUCUUUCAUCUUUGGAAACUCAGCCAUGCCACCCCCAACCCCAGCCCCAGUCCCGACCCCAGCUCAGCAGGCCUUUGGCAGCCUCACACAGCCGGCCUUUGGGGCAUCAAUGCCCUCAGCCUCCAACUUCCACCCCCGGCCUGGCUUUGGCAGCACCCCAGCAGGUUUUUCCUUUGGUCAAGCUAGUGCCACUGGUUUUGGAGUUGUCACCCAGGCCUUCCAGAGUGGGGCUUGUGGCUCAGUGUUUGGCAGAACAGCUCCACGACCUUUUGCCUUUGGGGGAUUAGAGAUCCCUAUGGACUGUGAGGAGUCUGGGGUCAGCAUGACUCUCCCGGACAAGAGCUCCAACUCUGGAAUGUUCUCUGUUGGAGCAAUGCUGGGUGGGGCCACUCGCCCCACCAUCAUACCCUUUGGAAAAGUCUGCCACCAGAGCACCCAGGGCCUGACCAGCCACAUCACUCCUUUUGCCUCAGGGAGGGCCAGCAUUUCUGCAAGAAAGACUGUGUUUAGGGCCCCCCACAUGGUCCCCUUGGCUCAGAGCACCCCUGUCCCUGGGCCAGUUAAGAUAGGCAGCAGCUUUAGCUUUGGGGUCCCCUCUCCACAUGCCCAGAGCUCCGUUGGGAGAGGGUCUUUCAGGUCAUCAGCCCCUUCAUUUUCCUUUAGUGCAAAACCCAAAACCCCAAAGAAACGGGAGCACGGGCAUUCCCGAAGGCACCAUGCCCACAGGAGAUAG